AUGUCUGACAAAGCUCAGGUCGGUAUCAACGGCUUCGGUCGUAUCGGACGUAUCGUCCUCAGAAACGCUCUCGAGCACGAUGAAGUCAACGUCGUGGCGGUGAACGACCCCUUCAUCGACUUGGAGUACAUGGUCUACAUGUUCAAGUACGACUCCACCCACGGCAAGUACAAGGGCGAGGUCUCUGCAAAGGACGGCAAGCUCUUCGUCAACGGCAAGACCAUCACCGUCUUCUCCGAGAAGGAUCCCUCGACGAUCGACUGGAAGUCUGCCGGCGCGGAGUACGUGAUCGAGUCCACCGGCGUCUUCACCACCAAGGAGAAGGCAGGCGCCCAUCUCAAGGGAGGUGCCAAGAAGGUCGUCAUCUCUGCUCCUUCGGCAGAUGCGCCCAUGUACGUCUGCGGUGUCAAUCUCGACACCUACAACACCGCCGACACCGUCGUCUCCAACGCCUCUUGCACCACCAACGCCCUUGCCCCGUUGGCAAAGGUCCUGCACGACAACUUUGGCAUCGUCGAGGCUCUGAUGAGCACGAUCCAUGCAACCACUGCAACACAGAAGACAGUCGACGGUCCGUCCAGCAAGGACUGGCGAGGUGGCCGUGGCGCUGCUGCCAACGUCAUUCCCUCCUCCACGGGUGCAGCAAAGGCUGUCGGCAAGGUCAUCCCUUCGCUGAACGGCAAGCUGACCGGCAUGUCCUUCCGCGUGCCGACCUCUGACGUUUCCGUCGUCGAUCUCACUGCCCGCCUCGAAAAGGGCGCUUCUUACGACCAGAUCAAGGCGGCCAUGAAGAAGGCAUCCGAAGGUGAACUCAAGGGCAUCCUCGGCUACACUGAAGAUGCAGUCGUCUCGACCGACUUUAUCGGUGACACCCGCUCCAGCAUUUUCGAUGCUGCUGCUGGUAUCUCUCUCAACAACAACUUUGUCAAGGGUACGCUCACUGCGCUCUGUUGCGUUGAGUCUGCUUAUCCCGUUUGCGUGCAGUUGUCUCAUGGUACGACAACGAGUACGGUUACUCUCGCCGAUGCGUCGAUCUGCUGUCAUUCAUGUACAAGAAGGACAAGGAAGGCAAGGGUAAGCUUUGAACGUAGUCUGCCACUAGAGAGGCCGUCUUUACACCUUGACCGAAGACCCGCCAAAGAAAUAAUGCAGAAUUAUCGAUCGAAAGCGCUGUCGUUGCGCAGUUUUGAGUCGCGCAAAGCACGGACCGCUCCGAAGGGGGUGGGCUCGGGCAAAGGCAGGAUGCCUGUGCUCGACAGGAGGAAUCUUGGCGAUACUCCGGAGACAGGAACAGGUUCACCGGGUGCUAUAGUGACCUAUGUCAUCGUCGGCGUAGUCCUCGGUGUCCUCGUCGCAGGUCUGGCAGCAAGAUACUGGCUGCUCAAGCGGAGAGAUAACUUGACCUGGCAGAGCUUCUUCAUGCCUUGGGGACUCAAGCUAGCAUGGCUCGGCAUAUGGAUCGAGCCACAAAAGUCGGAUCCCAUCGUCAGGCACUCCAUUCGUGGCGCCUCGACGACACCUGCCCACAUGACGCCCGAGGCAAGAGCGGCAAGGCGAGCAGAGAGGGACGAGAGGAGGAGGACGAGGCAUAGUAGGACGACGAGAGGACCUGGUAUAGGUUCAGGAGGAAGGAGGCAAGGUGAACGCGACGAGGAUGAUGGACAUGAUCCUGCAGACGAUCCUGCGGGUCACGAAGAGCUACCUACUUAUAGAGGUCUCGAUACAGACUUGCCACUGUACAAGCAAAGCCAGAGGCAACAUCGAUCCUCUGGUAAUCUAGGCAGUCUGCCCGUACUCGAGAGCGGAGACGCGCCCGCAGAGGCAGAUAUCGGUCAAGCAGAGAUGUCUGCUGCCGAGUACGAGGCAAGGGUGACACGUCGUGCACCUUCUGUCUCUACACGAUCACGACAGACCACAGCCCGACAAGAGCCUGCCGCUGUGGAAAGACAUGCACCAAGGACAAGUACAGAAACUGCUCGAGCAGCACGGCGACCCACUGGCAUUGCACACACUGGACCUUCUUCAGCCAGCCUCGCAUCAUCCUCAUCCAUCUCGAGCUCAUCUUUCCAAGACUUCGCGCCUGCCGAUAUUGACGAUGAAGCGCCGAUUGAGCUCAAUCGAUUACCGCCUGCUCUUGGCAAUACUGUUGCGACCUGA